AUGUUUGAGAACAGCGAUGGGUUUCCCUUCGUUGUUGGCGGCGCAACAGCCAGUGUGGCCAACGCCCACCCCCCGGCCAUUCAAAUGUUCCAGUUAUGGCAAAUAUACAUCAGUAACGUCAACCCGCUGCUCAAAAUCACCCACACACCCACCUUGCAGGCUCAGAUCAUCAGCGCCAGCGCCAACCCGGCCAAAAUACCAAAGCCGCUCGAAGCCCUCAUGUUUGCCAUUUACUUUGCCGCCAUCACCUCGUUGACCGAGGACGAAGUCCACACCACCUUUGGCGAGGACAGAGCCAUCCUCUUGGGCAAGUAUCACAACGCUACCCAGCAGGCGCUUGCCAACGCAGGUUUCAUGCGCUCUGCAGAGUUGAUGGUGCUGCAGGCGUUAUUCCUCUAUCUGCUAUGUGCCCGACCAUAUGUCGACCCGCGUUCCAUGUUUAGCCUCCUCGGUAUGACCUUUAGGAUAGCCACCCGGUUAGGCCUACACCGGGACGGUUCGCAGUCGGACAUGUCGUCGUUUGAAGCCGAGCAACGGAGGCGGUUAUGGUGGCAGAUCGUCGUCUUUGACAAGCGCAUCGCGGAGAUCACAGGGUCGACCGUAACGGCACUGUCAUCGUGCGCCUGUGACACGAGAAUGCCCCUCAACGUCAACGACUCAGACCUGAGCGUUCAUGCUAAGGGCCCACCAGGGCCCUACGCCGGGCCCACCGAGAUGGUCUUCUGCCUGACUCGCAUAGAGCUCACCGUGGCCGCGUCCCCCGACAAUAUCAGGAGGACCGUCACCACCCCCGGUGGGCGGCCGUUACACAAGCCGAUGGUGCACUACAGCCCGUCGCCAUCCUCCCCCGACAUCGUGUCACACGUGGCUAACCAGAGCCUGCCGAGCGACCUCGCGGCAUUCUGCUCGUACGUUGAAAAUGUCUACCUCAAGCAAUGCGACCCCAAGGUCCCACUGCACUACUUCACGCUACUCAUGACGCGGCAGGCCCUCUGCAAGCUGCGCAUCAUUGACUUCCUGUGUCGGACCGCCAACACGGACAAUGUCGACCAGAACGAGCGCGACAACUAUUUCAUGGAAGCCCUGCGCAUGGUCGAAUACGACAAUCUGAUCCAGAGCUCCGAAAUGCUGCAGGGCUUCCGCUGGUACACAUACGCCCACUUUCCGCUACCCGCCUAUCUCUGCCUCGUCUCGGAAUUGUGCCACCGCACCACAGGCGACCUCUGCGAGCGCGCGUGGAACGUCAUGAUUGAGAACCACGAACGGCGCGGCCUCUUGCGGCGCCACAAUCGCAACCCUCUGCACAUCGCCUUCGGCCGCUACUUCGUCAAAGCCUGGGACGCCCGGGAAGCCGCCGAACUCCAACUUGGCCGCUCACUGCCGACGCCCAAAAUCGUCGUCUUGCUGAGGAACACCCUGGCCAAAACCGGUUCUAGGCGCCCGGGCCCGCCCUUUAUGGCCGCCCCCAUGGGACCACCUGGUGUCCACCUCCAACAGCAACAGCAGCAACAGCAACAAGUCCCUAUCCAAUCCGUCGUCCCACCACCGUCCGGACCGAGCAACGCCGCGGGUAUGCCAGCCGCAAUGGGAGAUUUAUCGGGCAUGUACCACCCCACCGCCAAACCGAUGCCUGCUCAGUCAGCAACAACGGCACCGCCACAGAUGGCCGGUGUCGGCGCGGCCGGCGGUGGCGCCAUGAUGAUUGACGACUCGAUGAUGUACUCGGGCUACGAUCCCAUGGGUCACAUGUAUGGCAGCAGCAGCUCGGCGGCGGCGGCUGCGGCUGCGGCUACGGCACAGGCCAUGCAGGAUGCCGAGAUUGGUGGGAUGGAUUGGAAUUAUCUUGUGCAGCUUAGUUCGCUGAGCGGGUUCAACCCUGCCGGUGCCGGCGCCGGCGCGGGUGCUGGUCUGGGUGUGGGGGGUUAUUAUGUGCAGGGCACAGGUGCGUAG